AUGGGCUGCGUCAAAUCCAAGAGGAGCGCUUCCUACGCCGACGGUGAAUCCGCCAGGUCGCGGGGCGAGAAGGCCCACUUGGUCCACUCGGAGGACGGUUCUCCUCGGGCCGACCCGGCACUGCUGGAGUACGCCCAAAGACUCUCGGAGGAGAUAAUGGCUCGGGCCGUGCAGCAGUGGGCGGAGGUGGAUCGGCGCUACGGCGACAUCCCGUACAUUGAGUGUGACGUCCCGUGA